AAUCCCAUCUCAAAGGCAUCAGCAAACCAGAGGGCAGGAAGAUCUGGACGGACAGGACCAGGAAAAUGUUUCCGUCUGUACACAAGUUAUAACUACAUGCAUGAUCUUGAGGACAAUACUGUUCCAGAGAUACAAAGAACCAACCUUGCAAAUGUUGUUCUUACAAUUAAGAGUCUUGGUAUUCAUGACUUGGUUAAUUUUGAUUUUAUGGACCCACCUCCUUCAGAGGCCUUGUUGAAGGCCCUGGAACAACUUUUUGCUCUUAGUGCACUCAACAGUCGUGGAGAGUUGACCAAGACUGGAAGACGAAUGGCAGAGUUUCCACUAGAUCCUAUGCUGUCAAAGAUGAUAGUAGCUUCAGAGAAAUAUAAGUGUUCUGAUGAGGUCAUGUCCAUUGCGUCAAUGCUGUCGAUCGGCAAUUCUAUAUUCUACCGUCCGAAGGACAAACAGGUUCAUGCAGAUAAUGCAAGGUUGAACUUCCACACUGGGAACGUUGGGGACCACAUAGCAUUGAUCAAUGUCUAUAACUCAUGGAGAGAAACGGACUUCUCGACUCAAUGGUGUUAUGAAAAUUAUAUCCAGGUCCGCAGCAUGAAGAGAGCAAGAGACAUUCGAGAUCAACUGGAGGGACUUAUGGAGAGAGUUGAGAUUGAGGUCUGUUCAAAUGCCAGUGACUUGGAUGCUAUUAAAAAGGCUAUAACAUCCGGUUUCUUCCACCAUUCUGCACGGUUGCAGAAGAAUGGUUCAUAUAGAACUGUCAAGAACCCUCAGACGGUCUUUAUCCACCCUAGUUCAGGAUUAGCACAGCUACUUCCUCGUUGGGUAAUAUACCACGAACUAGUUCUCGCGACAAAAGAGUACAUGCGCCAGGUGACGGAACUGAAGCCCGAAUGGCUGGUGGAAAUUGCUCCGCACUACUACCAACUAAAAGAUGUGGACGACGCUGGUUCAAAGAAGCUGCCCAAGGGCCAAGGACGAGCUGCAUUGUAGACUGCCUGGACUCAUGAAGCCAGCGUUUGGACAGAUUAGAUGUUGCGUAAACAGUUUAGUUUCGAAUAUCGGAUCGGGAUCCCUUUUCUACCUUCUCUUAGAUUACAUUAUAUCACUCACCAGGUCCUGUCAACAUGACCCACCGUUCUUGUACAAGUUUGUGGGUGUGGGUAGAGCUGUAGACAGUUUGGCACAACCCAGCGUUGAUGCCGGGACCCUCAGUCCUUCAUCAUGCUGGUUAUCA